AUGUGGUGACCUCUGUCUGCCGCAGGGAGAACAGCUCAAUCCCGGGCUAAACUCCCAGACUGUUGUCCUGAGUAUGGCUGCCUGACGGCAUGUAGUUUUCCUCACGUUAUCCCAACAGUCAUGGACAUCAGUUAUUGUGACAUGCACGCGGACUCAUCAGCAGCCUCACUUUAUCUCGAAACAAUAAUUAAUUGUGCAUUAGCAUUGCUCAGUUCUCGGUAAUGUCUUUCAGUAACGUACGUGUCUUUCAGUUGGUUAAAGUUGCUUAGCAGCUAGCUCUUACUUAGCUAGGAAGCCUUUGUAGCAGCACGUAAGCUAGCUAAUGUCUUGGGCGAUCUCUAGCUUUCAACGGCUGUCAGCAUCAUCAGCCCUCUGAUGGAAGGGUGAGGGGGACGAUGCUGGGAUUCCUCCAUAUCCUUUUAACAGGCCUGAUAGGUUUUCUGUGGGAUGGAGUUUCUGCUUUUGGUGGGGUCAGACUAGUGGAUGGGGAGAACAAUUGUUCUGGCAGAGUGGAGGUGCUCCGCCAUGACCAGUGGGGGACUGUUUGCGACCAUGGCUGGGACCGCCGGGAGGCUCACGUGGUGUGCCUGGAGCUGGGCUGUGGCUUAGCUGAAUUUGCCCUUCCUGGUGCAGCAUUUGGUGCAGGCAGUGGAGAGAUCUGGCUGCGGCAUGUCCAGUGCUCUGGACACGAGUCCAGUGUGACACGCUGCGCUUAUGUCCUCCACAGUAACUCCUACUGCACCCAUGAGAACGAUGCAGGAGUGAAAUGCUCAGGUACCCUUUUAAUGCCCACCCUCACCCUGCUGUCACCUCACACUGUGUUCUCUCCCGGCGAGGCCGUUCGCUUCGGCUGCAGCGCUCUGCUGGGUCACCACCUCAGUGACUUCCACUUGUACAAGCAUGGAGUGUCCACGCCGCUGGUUACACAGAGGGCGGACCAGACCCAGCCCACAGUGGAGCUGACACUGUCCGACAUAGAGACUUUCCACCAAGGCAGCUACAGUUGUGGGUACAGGAUCAAGGGCGGCUUCCCUUCUCAGCUGCUCAGCUCUCCACCCAGCAACUCCAUCAACAUCACUGUGGUGGAACUUCUGACUCCUCACCACUGGUACAACACGUCUACUGAGGCCCCGGCUGGUUCCGUCAUUAAAGGCCACAACUUUAACAUCACCUGCUCCACACCGCAGCAGUACCCUGGGGGUUCCUUCCAGCUGCGUCUGAUCCGCUCCAAUGGCACAGUGCGCCAGUCCCUGCCUGCUCUCACCCCGUCUGUCACUUUCACCUUUCCUAAUGCCCAGAGCUCCAACGAGGGCUACUACUAUUGCCUGUAUCGGGUCCAGCUGGGUGGACGAACCUUUGUCUCUAGAGAAAGCCAGCCCCUGCCUAUAGCCAUCAGAGACCCAGAUCCAGUACUGAGUCCAAUGGUGAUCAGCUGGCUUGUGUCUGGCCUGACAUUUUUUGUAGCUGUCAUCAUUAUACUUACUGUGGCCAAGGUACUGUGUAACAAGGAGAAGAAGCCCUCUGAACUGGAGCGAGAGACCAGAACCUGUGUGGACAACACUUAUGUUGCCUUAUCAAUUAACAAGCUAUGACGGGGUAUGCAGGCAACUGAUGACUGAAGACCGAAGGCUCACACCGUGUUUAUCGUGGAUUCAGUCGGCAGGGGACCUAACACAGAAACAAACAGCUUGGUUGGACCUUAUGAAAAAGGCACCACCUGGUCCCAGUUCAGUACAGUUUGGAUGAGUCACUUCUUACUGGACUCUAACAGAGUAUUCUUUCAUACCAGACUUGAGGCUAGUGUGGAAGAAAGGGGGAACAAUGGAUACGAUUGACUUUUAAGGCAAGCUGUGAGGUAACGGACACAGAAAACUGACAGUAAGAACUAUUUCAAUUUCGGAGUCAGUAUUGGUUCAAGCUAGACAAAUUCACUCAGACUCGGCUGCUGAUGUAUGGAGUGGGAAAACACUACUAAACUGACAUGGGCUCUUCAGGUCUCUGUAUAUGCAGUUUAAAAACAUUGUUUUGUGUUAAUUACCAGGUGACCCUAAAGACAGACUAGCUCAUUAUGUACUCUUCUACAGAUCAAUGGAAUGAAUUUUUGUAUUAACUCUAACCUUCUAUGCAUCUUAUGUAAUUUACAACAUGUCCAUUACCACAUUUAAAGUCUGUAAAUAGAAGCUGAAGUUGAUUGAAAUGCUGCUGCUGUUCGGGGUUCAAUCACUUAUGUUUGACAGUCUACAAAUAUUACUGCAUGUAAUGUAGGUUCAUUUUUAUAUCAUCAGAUCAAAUUCCAUAAGAGGAAAACACUUAACAAAUUCAAUACUAUGGGUUCGUUAUUUUUUUUUAUACACUAUUCUUCACAUUUAAAAUGUAGCUUUGCUCCUGAAUAAAUUACUUGGAAGUGUCAAA